CACUCACCCGCUCACUCUCUCACCCGCGCACGCACGCACUCAGCUGAUUCGGAGCGCGUCACAGUUGCUGUCUAUCUAGGCAGCUCAGUAGGUGUUGAGACAGCUCCUCGGAGGGAGGGUUUGUGUUAUCUCGUCUGGCCGCUGGAGAGCCGCCGGGGCGUUUUGAAGCAGCGGAGAUCCGCCAUGACUUACACCGCGGACGGUCUCCGCUCUCGCGCGUCUGGAGCUGAAACCUCGAGCCGUGUUCCGUCAUCCUGCCACAGAAACAUGUCCUGAGACCGAAGAGCCGGCAGAGAAGAUGACAGAUUACCGGGAGGAUGGCAUGGACCUGGGCAGCGAUACAUCCAGUCGCUCCAGCUCUGAGUCCAACUCCAACAAGGUGACGCCAUGUUCCGAGUAUAAGUCCUCUCCCAGUCUGGAGCUGGCCGGACUGGAGGACUAUGAGGAGGAUGAGGACUACCAGCAGUACAAGAAGAGAGUGCUGGUGGACUGGGAGAGGGAGUACGGUGGGAACUAUGCAGACAACCAGCAUCAGGACUUCAGCCAGACCGGAGUGUUCCAAGGCUCUGUUAACAGCCGCAGCCUGGCAGAGGAGCUCCAGAGCGUCAAAGCGCCUGCUGCCCCUCUCGCAGCUCACGCCGCCACCUCCAUGCCCCAGGAACUAAAGCAGAACGGCAACUCCUUUGUGCCCUGCGACCACCCCCUCUCGCCCUGUGAGGGUAAGACUUUAGGCAAAGCCAACCACGGAAGCGCCGUCACAGGACGGGAAGCUGGUGAGAUUGGAGGUGGGAUCGGGCUGGGACGAUACAGAGAAGAAUGUGUGGAGGAAAGCCAACUUCCAGCCAUGGACUGGGCUGCUCUGGAAAGACACUUGGCGGGCCUUCAGUUCAGAGAGCAACAGAACCACAACCAUGGCCUGAGCCGGACCAACUCCACCAACGCCCAGAAGAAUGAGCGCGAGUCCAUCCGGCAGAAGCUGGCGCUGGGCAGUUUCUUUGACGAUGGGCCGGGCAUCUACACCAGCUGCAGCAAGAGUGGCAAACCCAGCCUGUCCUCACGGCUCCAGAGUGGAAUGAACCUGCAGAUCUGUUUCGUCAAUGACAGCGGCAGCGACAAAGACAGUGAUGCAGAUGACAGCAAGACAGAGACGAGCCUGGACACGCCGCUGUCACCCAUGAGCAAACAGAGUUCGUCCUACUCGGACAGAGACACCACGGAGGACGACUCCGAGUCUCUGGAGGACAUGGACUUCCUGAGCCGACAGAAGAAGCUGCAGGCCGAGGCCAAGCUGGCGCUCGCCAUGGCCAAACCCAUGGCCAAGAUGCAGGUGGAGGUGGAGAAGCAGAACCGUAAGAAGUCCCCUGUGGCAGACCUGCUUCCUCACAUGCCACACAUCAGUGAAUGUCUGAUGAAGAGGAGUCUGAAGCCCACUGACCUCAGAGACAUGACGCUUGGACAGCUGCAGGUCAUCGUCAACGACCUGCACUCACAGAUCGAGGGUCUGAACGAGGAGCUGGUGCAGCUGCUGCUGAUGCGGGACGAGCUUCACAUGGAGCAGGACGCCAUGUUAGUGGACAUCGAGGACUUGACCAGGCAUGCUCAGAGUCAGCAGAAACACCUGGCGGAGAAGACGCCGUCCAAAUGAAGGCCGCACACCUCCACACCAGUCAUCAGUACAGACCAGACACCUUUCCUUUGCUUCUGUGGUUCAUAACUGCUGAUGAUCGCUCACGUCCUCACGUACUAAAACUCCGAGUGAGAGUCCAGGACGCUUGGGGUCCGUGCCUGACGAGAUGGGAGUGGGACGCACUCGCGGACGUCCUGGAUACUGCCACCGGCUUCCCGUGCAGCGAUCGGCCUUCGCUUUCUCAUAGAUCCGUUCCAAUCUUUUACGUUUGCCACUAAAUUAUAACCGUCAAAACAUGAAAUGGUGUAAAAGCACCUCGUGAGAAAUUUAAUUCAAGUUUAAAAAAAAAAAAGAAAAAGAAAGAAGACUCUUUGAACAAGCCGUGAUUUAACCGUGGAAAUGUUUCAGUUGGACAGUAUUUAAAAAAACAGACGCCUCUCUAUGGUGAUUUGUGAUUGAUUUGAAGGUGCUAAAGAGGAAACAUGCCUGCCUUGUAGUCGACUUGUAGCUUUUGGUAACGUUCACUCCGAUUGGUAUUCAACAUUUCGUGAAUGUUGAUUCUGACACGAGUCAUUUGAAUAAUAAGUGUGUUAAUAUCAUUUUCAUUCUAUUGUAUUCAGAUUCUUUAUUUGAGGGAGAUGCUUAUGUACAGAUAUGUAUAAAAUAAGAAAAAUAAAACUUGGUUUCAUAGA